AGACUCACAAAGCGAAUCUUUCGUGGCUGUAGCCGUUUGCGGGACCCAUGCUGGUUGGCUAUGGCGGGUCGAGAAAGAAAAAAAUUCGAAAGCAGACAAAACAAAAACAGAAAUUUACAGUGACUCAGGCCAGGUCCAUCAUAGCUUCGGGCAAAGACUUAGAGCCCACCAGCACGUUAAAAGGGUCGUGACCCCAGCGACACAAAUCACACUCCAGACCAUCGAUAUUCUCAGAGAUGAAGCCAAAUUUCACAUUCAAUCUUCUUCGUCAGAUCGCCAGAGGGUUUUGCACAAAACCUCCCCAAAUCAAACCCAAAAGGAUGGAGGGCAAAACGGCGCUGAUAGCCGGCGCAGCGACGGGCAUCGGCGAAGCGACGGCGCGUCUUUUUGCGGCUCACGGAGCCCGCGUGGUGGUGGCCGACGUGCAAGAGGCGGCGGGAGAGCGGGUGGCGGCGGAGCUGGGCAACGGCGCCGAAUUCAUCCGCUUGGACGUUCGAAACGAGGACGAAAUGGCGGCGGCGGUGGACAGAGCGGCGGCGGUGGCGGCGGGCAACGUUCUGGACGUUUUUCACUACAACGCCGGAAUCCUGGGCGCGAUGGGCCCCAUCAACGAGCUCCGCAUGGAGGAAUUCGACCACACGAUGAGCGUCAAUCUGCGGGGCGCCGUACUGGGGAUCAAGCACGCUGCCCGUGUGAUGAAGCCUGCAAAUAAGGGCUCCAUUGUUUUUACAGGUAGUGUGGCUUCUGUUCAUGGCGGCCUGGGCCCACACUGUUAUAGUAUUAGCAAGAGUGCUAUGGUUGGACUUGUGAGAUCGACUGCUGUUGAGCUCCGAAGGUUUGGGAUUCGUGUGAAUAUGGUUUCGCCUGAUAGCGUUGCUACGUCUGUUCUGGGUCGUGCUCUGGAGGCGCUGGAAAUUACGGCGGAUUCUUCGUUGGGGUCUGCUGAGCGCUACGUGGAGAGCAUUUCUCUGCUGCGUGGUCAUGCUCUUGGGGUUUUUGACGUGGCCCAUGCUGUCAUGUUUCUUGCAUGCGAGGAGAGUGGGUAUGUUAGUGGGCAGAAUUUGGUUGUGGAUUGUGGUAAUACUGUUUCUAAGGCUAAUGAUACGGCGCCUUGGUUUACCCAAACUCUGGGUUUCAUUUCGUGAGGUGGAGGUGGGGAAAAAAGGGGAUUUUGGAGUGGAGGACAAAAUUGGGGGCGUGGUGGGGGGUGUUUAUAGGUGAUGAGAGAUUUUUUCUUGUCUUUUCAGUGGGGGGUUUUUGUUUCAUCUGUGGAGAGCAGGCAGGCCACGUAGUAGGCAGUACGUCUCUUGUCAUUUGUAACUGGAAUUUUGCCAUUAAUUUAAGUUUUGUUCGAAAGCUC